AUGGCGCCUAUUAGUUUACCCGACUGCGAAGGUCCAUCAUUGAAACCCUUUCCGCAUAAUCUCGACGAGUUUCAUUUUAUAGAGGUUCUAAAUUGUGACACAUUGCACGGCGUGAUCGUCAAAGCGCAAUGGAACAAUCGGCUCUAUGCUGUCAAAUUUUUCAUUUCCGACGCUAGACCUCUCAUCAACUACGAGGAGAUAUACUCGAUGGAAAAUUAUCCCAACCAGUGUUGCGAAGCCUUUGACUGGCACUUCGACCCUUUCGAAAAGGAAUGUCGAGCUUUCGGGAGGCUACAGGAAGUCGGAUGUGAACACCUCGCCGUCAAGGUCCAUGGCUACGUCCGAGUCACAUCAGAUUAUAUCAAGGAUAAAUUACGACCGGAGCAGAGAAGCAGGUUCCAAAAGUUGACUGUUCGGAAUUCGACACCACAAAUGAUGGGCAUCGUCAAGGACUGGAUUGAGAUGGCAGAGUACGAUAACGAGGACUUGCGAUCACGCUACGAUCGCCUUUACCAGAUCUUUCACAUUCCUCAAAUGAUCGAGGAUCUUCAUGGGCUGCAUAGAAAUGGUAUUGUGGUCAGAGACUUGCGGAGUGACCAAUAUGUCAAUGGUGUGCUCGUCGACUUGAGCUGCUCUGCCACAGUUCCUCACCCUUACGGACCAACAACAUCUGGCGAGCCUUCAAUGUGGCAACCCCGCUGGACCUUUUCAAGCCUUGCGGCAUGGGACCUAUUCUCUUUCCAAUGGCAAAUCAUUUUGCUGUGGAAUAAAGAACAUGAGCAUUUGGUGAAGCUACUGGGGGGUAGACCUCAGGGUAUGCCCGAUUUCUGCCCUUUCGUAGCGUACUGCGUUCCCUCCUCGUCAGACGAUUAUCAAGAGGUUGUGAAACAAACAUACGGCCCGUUUCUACCUAUGCUUAACCACUUUAAACAGCCUUUUCCCGUACGUGAACCACCAAGAUGGGACCCAUUGGAGUACUUGGACAACCGCCAUUUUAUGGGAGAAGGAGAAGAAGCGAAAACGAUGUGA